CAUCGGCGGCGAGACGGGUGAGAAUCGUUUCGUCGUGUUCAGUCCGCCGCUUGGGUCCGAUGUUGACGGCAACAUUCAACAGGUGGUCGACAGUCGUUAUUUUGACCCUGGUUUGAUUUCCUUCCUGGGAUGGGGUGCGCGAUCAGCUCUUCGGGCGAGAAGGAAGCCGUCGAACGCUCAAAGAAAAUCGACAAGGAUCUCAGAGCCGAUGGAGAGAGAGCAGCGAGAGAAGUCAAACUACUUUUACUCGGUGCGGGGGAAUCUGGUAAAAGCACAAUUGUGAAGCAGAUGAAGAUCAUCCAUGAGACAGGUUAUUCGAAAGAGGAAUGCGAGCAGUAUAGACCGGUCGUUUACAGCAAUACAAUUCAAAGUUUAAUGGCCAUUAUUCGAGCAAUGGGCCAGCUUAGAAUUGAUUUCGCCGAUUGUACUAAGGACUAUGCCAUACAGUUUUUCACCCUUGCCAGUGCUGCCGAAGAAGGAGAACUUACACCCGAGCUCGUUCAACUGAUGAAAUGGCUAUGGCAGGAUCCUGGAGUCGAACUUUGUUUCUCCAGAUCUCGAGAGUAUCAACUCAAUGACUCUGCUGCUUAUUAUUUAAAUUCAUUGGAUCGAAUUUCUCAGCCAAAUUAUGUACCGACUCAACAAGAUGUACUUAGAACUAGAGUUAAGACAACUGGGAUCAUAGAAACUCACUUUACCUUUAAAGGUCUCCAUUUUAAGAUGUUUGACGUUGGAGGUCAACGGUCUGAAAGGAAAAAAUGGAUCCACUGCUUCGAGGGAGUCACAGCUAUUAUAUUUUGUGUAGCUUUAUCAGGCUAUGAUUUAGUUUUGGCUGAAGAUGAAGAAAUGAACAGGAUGAUCGAGUCCAUGAAGUUGUUCGACUCCAUUUGUAACAGUAAGUGGUUUGUUGAGACAUCAAUAAUUUUGUUCCUCAACAAGAAGGAUCUAUUCGAAGAAAAAAUUACCAAAAGUCCAUUGACAAUAUGCUUUCCUGAGUAUACAGGUUCAAAUACGUACGAAGAAGCCGCUGCUUAUAUACAAAUGAAAUUUGAAAAUUUAAACAAGAGGAAAGACCAAAAAGAAAUAUAUACACACUUUACAUGUGCGACAGACACUAAUAAUAUUCAAUUUGUAUUUGACGCCGUUACAGAUGUAAUAAUCAAAAACAAUCUGAAAGAUUGUGGUCUAUUUUAAGGUGGUUGUUCUAAUUAGAGUUAUUUU